UGUAGUUAGUAUACCAAUCAUACAUCAGGUAUAAAACACGCUUAAACAGUUUGGUAGCAGCCGGAUUUAGACGAGUCUCUCUAUUAAAAAUUGUAUAAGGUUGAGGAUGAUAUUAAUGAUGGAUAUAUAAAUUGCCGCGUAUACAUUAGUGCGAUACUUUCUGUGCAGAUAUUUUCGGGAUAAAAUAAUACUUAUUGUGGAAUGUUAACUAAAUAGUGUGUCUUUUGUCUGGAUAAUCUGUUUCUGACUUUUGGAUAUGCACAGCUGUGAAUAUAUAUGAAAAGGAUGUAUUUCGAAAUUUACAGGGAUUAUGCGAAAUAAGAAUGAGUUUCGUGACUAGUCUACGACUGUUCCUGGGGUGUUUGACUAUAUUCCUCGUGCAUAUUUCACGCAUUAAAGGAGAAUGUCAACACAAUGGCAGAUCUUACUUGAGUCAUACAGUUUGGCAGCCAGGACCAUGCACUGUGUGCUCGUGUGAAGACCCAAUUGUACAGUGUGAGACCAUUAGAUGUACAGAUCCACAAUGCAACUACAAGAAGGGCGAGUACCUUCAAAUCUCUGCGGACAGCUGCUGUCCAGAAUGCAUGACCAAUCUUUCAUCCUGUACAUACCAACAACAAACAAUACCUCAUAACACAGAGUGGAAUGCAGAGCUGUGUGUUCAAUGUCUCUGUGACAACGGGGCAGUGGAAUGUGGGCGCGUGGCCUGCCCUGAAGCCAAGUGUCACUCAGGGGAGAUCACCCACACCCCACCUGGACAGUGUUGUCCUCAGUGCAUACCUGCUGGCAGGUCGUGCACAUACGAGGGUGAACAUCACAGAGAUGGGACUACAUGGACACCACUGCCAUGUACAAAGUGUGUGUGUACGGACGGACAACACCAGUGCUAUCCAGUACAGUGCCCUCCUGUUGUCUGUGCAGAAACGGAAACAUUGGAGACUCUACCUGGCACGUGCUGCCCGUCGUGUCACGGCUUCAACUCCACAUGCAAAGAGGGCUCAGGGGAGUACAAAACUGGAGAACAGUGGCAUCGUGACCCGUGUACGCUGUGCGUGUGUAUUGGCGGAACUGUUGUCUGCACAUUAAAAGAAUGCAUGGACCUCAUUAUUUGCAAUCAUAAUGAGAAGAAGGUGACAAGACCAGGUGACUGUUGCCCCGAGUGUGUUCCUACACAUGGUGCGUGUGACAGCUUAGACCCACCGAGAUACAGCGGAGAUUUAUGGAACACGUCGAGUUGCGAGUAUUGCAUGUGUGAUAAGGGAAAAGUCCUCUGCCAUAAAGCUUCAUGUGAAAACCUCGUUUGCUUCAAGGAGGAGGUGCUGAUUCACCAUCCUGGCUCCUGCUGCCCCCAGUGUGUUAUACCCCCGUCCUGUGAACUGGCUGGCCAAACUCACAAGGAUGGUUCAUGGUGGAAGGCAGAUGACUGUACUCUGUGUGAAUGCCAUGAUGGUGUGACACGAUGUUAUCAGGAGCAUUGCCCGGACUGUCCGUCUGGUCACAGGAGAAAUAGCCUGCUGGGGGAAUGUUGUGGAACAUGUGAGAAAAUCACCUGUAACCCACAGUGCACAGACUGUGAGAUUGGAGCCCCAGACAACUGCACGAGUUGCACGAACACCCAACUUUUUGUACAAGAUGGCCGCUGCCUGCACACGUGCAGAAUGGGCUUCUACCCGUCCCCACACGGCACAUGUCUUCCGUGCGAUGAGACGUGUUACACAUGCAUUGAGGGGUCGCAGUUUCACUGUGAAAUGUGUCAGCCAGGCCUCAUGUGGAAACACGGGGAAUGUGUUACCCAGUGUGGGCUUGGAUAUUAUCUUCAGAAUGGGAAAUGUCUUGAAUGUGCCCCCUCUUGUAAGAGCUGUAGUGGCCCGGGCUCAGACCAAUGCGUGUCAUGUUCCAAUCAUGCCCAAGUUGUGUUUCAUGGAGAGUGUCGAGACCAUUGUCCAGAUAACUUCUACAUUCGGUUGGGAAAAUGUAUUGCAUGUAACCCAACAUGUAAGACAUGCACCCCUGAUGGAUCCUCAUGUGCCUCCUGCUGGCAGGGCGGCCAUCUUCACCAAGGACAGUGUGUCACGCGGUGCUCAUCAGGGUUAUAUGUGAACAGGGAUGGGUCUUGUUCAGAAUGCCAUCCGUCCUGUGAAACAUGCAAUGGAGGUUCGAAUAAAAACUGCACCUCAUGUUUCCCUGGCAACAAGAUCAGCAAGAAGGGGCGAUGUCGAAGUGAGUGUGACAAGGGACAGUAUCUUGCCAUUGACAACAUUUGUAAAGACUGUGAGAGUGGUUGUGAAGAGUGCCACGCAGCCUGGGGCGGAGUGGGCUCUGUCUGUAGUGGGUGUGAGCAAAGGGAAGAUGUACCAUUGGGCUCCAUCUGUAUGGAGGACUGCCCGCAAGGUCACUACCAGGAGUUCAAGGCCUGUAAAGCAUGUGGAGACCACUGCCUAUCAUGCAACUCCCCCACCUCCUGUACCCGAUGUACAAAGAAUAUGCUGGUAUCCCAGGGACAGUGUGUCACCAAGUGUGGCCAGGGGCAGUACGAGGAGGGGGCCACUAUGUCUUGUAAAGACUGUAGCUCCCACUGUUUGCACUGUUACAGCGGGGAGGAGUGCAGUGUGUGUGACAGCACCACCUUCCUACAGGGCAGGGCUUGUGUCAGCAGAUGUGGUUCAGGAUUUAUACCCGACACCAAGACACGGGAGUGUAGAAGAAAUCUUGGACCUCCAAUUCUCAAAGUUCUCAACCACAUAGAGGUACCAGAUGGGGAAAUAGCUACAGUAGACUUUGGCCUCUUCUUUGUUUCUGACCCAGACACUCCCACUGAGGAUCUUAUUGUAACCAUAGUAACACUGCCUAGCAACGGUGACCUUGUUAUGGCUACUGAAGGUCACGACCUUGAGAUAAAGGCUGGAGAAAAUAUGACAGUGGGAGAAAUCAUGGAAGGAAGGCUAAGAUUCAGGCAUCAUGCAGGCCAUUCUGAUAAAGGCAUGUGUAAACUACAAGUGUCUGACAACAAACUUACCAGUCCUUACAGUGACCUUUACUUCCAAGGGGUCAUGACCUCUGCUAUCACCAUAGCAACAAGGUCAUUGCUUCUAGCAACACAGGGGGAUAUAACAGUAAUUAGGUCCUCUGUCCUUGACCUGCAUACUCUUGCUGACCCAGAGAAUGUGAACAUAACGGUAUUGCAAGGACCGAAAGAAGGGACACUAGUUAACUCCCUUAGAGGCUUAUUAGUAAGAGUCUUCUCCCUUGCCAACCUGAGGUCAGGGGUCAUUGGAUACAGCCAUAAAGGUCAUUCAGGGUCAGACAGUGUUCUUUUACAGGGGACUGAUGGAUUCCAUGUCAUCACAUUUCUUCUGAACAUUCAGAUCAGGGAAAAGGAGAGUAUUCACCCAGUGUUGAUGCACAACAGGGUGGGGCAUGUUACCCUUGGGGAGAAGCUACAAAUCUCGAAUGACCUUCUGCUGGCCACUGUCCUGGAUGAGGCUCACACAGAGGAGGUCGUGUAUACGCUGACUCCCACCAUUAACAACCCUCAGGAAGGAGAGGUAUUAAUGGUGGUUCCCAUCCCUCCCUCGGGUGUUGGUAACGGCUGGGACGACAUCGGGGAGGGCUAUAUGGCUGCCCGUCUGACCCGAUUUCUCCAGCGGGAUAUCGACGAGGGGCGCAUCUGGUACAAGAACCGUGGUACAGCAGCAUUCACUGACUUCAUCAGAUUUGAGGUAGCAGACACUGGUUCUUCAACUGAUGUUCUCUCAGAUCAGGCUUUCAAGAUUACCGUACGAGAGAAGGCGGUGCCAGGGCCCAUGACCCACCCCACACUGGCCUCAGGAAUACACCUAGCCAUCAAGGUUCUUGAAAAUGAACUGGUCCCAAUAACUCCAGCAAGCCUAUCAUUUAUGGACCAUGACACCAGCCCUGCUGGGAUCUAUUAUGAAGUGACACGCCCCCUUGGUCUGAGAGAUGGGAGUUUGGAGCAUGUUGAACGCCCCUCCCGGAAUGUGCACAUCUUCACACAGGAGGAUGUGAAUAAUAACAGAAUCAUAUACCGUCCUCCAGCUGCUGAACUGGGGUACAAGGAAAAGGAGGUCUUCUUUUUCUUUACUGUGUCGGAUGGUAACGAAGGUGAGGCCCUCAUAGAGCACAAGUUUUCCAUCACCCUUGUACCAGUGAACAACCAGCCCCCUCGCCUAACCUCCUUACCCCCCACACUCCACCUAGCACAGGGGGGCUCCCUACCAAUCGGUCAGGCGGUGGUGAGUGUGGUGGACGAUGACACGCCCCUAGACAACCUGACUAUCACACUGACAAGGGCUCCCCACAGCGGGAAGCUGGAAAAGAUGGAUGGAAAGAAUUGGCUGACCUUGAAAGAAGGAGACACAUUUAGCUAUCGAGAACUGACAGACAACGUCUUUCAAUAUCGCCAUGAUGGUUCAGGCACAUUGUAUGACACCAUGCAAGUGGUUGUCAGUGACGGGGAACACAAGACUGCCACAUCUGUUGAUGUAAGGGUGCUGAGAAUGGACCAGUCUGCACCUCACUUACUGCCGUCUGCUUCCUGUAGACUGGUUGUGAAAGAGGGUACAGCACAACCAAUAACUAGAGAUGUUCUCGCCUUUGCUGACAGUGAUGACCUGGAUUUAAAUCUCAACAUCUUGCUCACCAAGGCAACCAGACAGGGCAAACUGUUGCUAGGCAACAUGCAGGCAAAGGCUGGAAACACAUUCACACAAGCAGACAUCAAUAAUGGAAAACUCAGUUUCUUGGCUGACUCUGAGAUAGGCCAAUCCCAUAUAACAGAAAUCCUUAUAUUUAAUGUGAGUGAUAUCAGUGGUAAUAUCCUUCCCAGCCAGACGCUUACAGUUCUAAUUGAACCUGACAACAACCUUCCACCUAAGGUCGAGGUUACAAAAAAACUGAAGGUGAAAGAGGGUGGGAAAGCCUCCCUAACCAGUGACCUGAUAACUGUAACUGACCUUGACACACCCCUGUCCGACCUUGUGGUUGUCAUAGCAACCAAACCUGAACAUGGGGCCAUCAGAAACAUAGCUCCUGCUGAAGGCUCAGAUGUUAUACAAGACAGAAUGGUUACCAAGUUUCCAGCAGAAGACCUCCAGAAUGGUUACAUCUUGUAUAGUCAGUCUGACCAUGUCGGUUGUGAACCAGUCUCAGAUAGUGUGGUAUUCUAUGUGGAAGAUGGAAAGAAUAGAUCACCUCCAAGCAGACUGAACAUUUCCAUACAGGGAGUCAAUGAUGAGAAGCCAGAUAUUGUAGUGGAGCAGGUGUUUGUACAAGAAGGUCAACGGGUUGUCAUUACCAACAAUUCAGUUUUCAUAACUGACCUUGACACCGCCCCUAGCAACAUCACCCUAACGGUAGCCGCUCCCCCAGAACAUGGAAUACUAAGAAUCAAAAAUGCUACCAGACAGCUGUUUGAAGAGGCAACUUUGCUGCGAAAAGGCUCAAACUUCUCCUACCAAGAAAUCCUGGAUGGUUUGUUGAUGUACGGCCAUGAUGGCAGCCAGGUUGCAGUGGAUACAUUCUCCCUUCUGGUAACCGAUGGCAACCAUACAUCUCAUACACGCGUGCCAGUCAUUAUGGGACUGAUAAAUGAUGAGUCGCCCAGGGUUGUUGUUAAUCGGGGAUUGAGGGUGUACGCUGGAACCAACUCAAAGAUAACCUGGGAAGAGCUUCACUGUACGGAUAUGGACUCUGACGCCAUGCAGCUGACUUACACCGUGACCAAGGAGCCCAGAUUUGGGGCUCUCUACCUGGGCUCUGCGUCCCACGCUCAAAUGGUCUCCAGUAAGGGUCCUGUGAGCUCCUUCACACAGGAGGGUGUCUUUGAGGGGGACUUGGAGUACCAUCACAGUCAAGGGGAGACCACUGGAACAACUAUGUUCACAUUCAUUGUGUCCGAUCCUGAGGGCAACAAUUUAAUUGACCAGGAGUUCUUCAUUACUGUCCUGGAUGACCGUUCUCCACCAGAAUUAGUGAAGAUAGUUGAACCAGUCUGUGAGGAGGGAAGUCAGGUUACUUUUACCUUAAACAACCUACAGUUCAGAGAUAUGGACUCUCCCGAAGAAGCUUUAUUGUACAAGCUGGUGGAAGCUCCCAAGCUUGGACAUCUGGAGUUGACUACUAGUCCUGGUGAUGCCAUAGUAGAAUUCCAUCAGUCUGAUCUAGUGUCAAAAUCCGUCAAAUAUGUUCACACAAGCCUUAGCGAGGACCAGCUAGACAGUUUCAUAUUUUCCGUGUCUGAUGGUGCGAACUCUGUCACACAGCCUUUUACUGUGAGAAUCAGUCCUGUCGAUGACUCGAUACCUUUUGUUACAAACAAUGGACUGAAGGUUCAAGCUGGUGUUAGGAAAGUGUUCACGGAGUUUGAUCUGAAGGCUGAGGACCUUGAUACUACGGAGGAUUUGCUGACAUUCAAAAUCUCCCAGCAUCCUCAGCAUGGCAACAUAGAGCGUCUGGUUGACUCGGACUGGCAGGUAGCAUCAAGCUUCUCGAUGAGUGAGAUCUAUGAAGGUCAUGUGAGCUACAUGCAUGAUGGAAGGAAAGCUAUGGAAGAUGUGGUCAGACUUACUGCUACAGAUGGAACUAAUGAGCAGUUCAUUGUCAGCAAUAAUGGAGAAUUUUCCUUGCCUCAGACCGAAUCAUUUGAUUUCCACAUAGAGAUUCAAGCCAAAGAUGAUGGAAGCCCAGUUCUUGAGGCUAACUUGGGUCUGCAGUUCCUAGAGGACCAAGGCCCUCUAACAGGAAACAUAAUCACCUCACACGAGCUUCGUGCCGUGGAUGAGGAUACCCCAGCCACUAGACUUGAGUUUGUUGUGAGGAAGGCACCUGACUUAGGCAGAUUGGAGUUGACAACUCAUCCUGGAGUGGAUGUGGCCUCAUUUACUCAAGAGGACAUAGACAACUCGUUGAUCCGCUAUGUCUUGACGAAGCCCGGCCAGGCAUACGAGGACAGCUUCACCUUUGAUCUUUACGACAGUCGACCCAAUCGUGUACCAGGGAACAUUUUUCAUAUCACAUGGUCGGUGGUAGAGUUUGAGCAGCCAUUGAUGAAUGUUACAGAAACGGCUGGAGUGGUUUUGGUUCCAAUUGUGAGGAAGGGUUACUUAAAACAGUAUUCGAUGGUGACAUGUCACACCCAGUAUGGCACUGCUACCUCCAGUGAACAGGGAAGUCGACCUGGACAGCAGGAUUUUGUUCCAUAUAUGACUCAGGUCAAGUUUGAUGAGUGGCAGACGAAGAAGGCCUGUGCUAUAAUCAUCAAUGACGAUUCAAUAUUCGAAGGACGGGAAACUUUCUAUGUGGAGCUCAUACAGCCUUCCUUCACGUUGCUGGGGUCCAGUAUGAAGAUUUCUGUCACCAUUGAGGAUUUAGAAGAUGAGCCUGUCCUACAGUUUCAGAACGCAGAAUACCAUGUGAAGGAAGGAGACAGCUACCUCUCGGCCAAUAUUCUACGAACAGGUGACAUCAGCAGCACAGUUUCCACCAUCUGCUACACGACCUCUCUGUCCGCGAGAGGCAGCCCCUUGGACAGACUAGACUCGGGGUCAGACUACAUCUCCAGGGGCAACAGUAACUCAUUUAGGGUCCUCUUUCCAUCUGGGGUCACUGUGGCUACAUGCGAUGUCAAGAUAAUUGAUGACAGUGUGGCAGAAGCGUCGGAACAGUUUGAUCUCCAACUGACAUUGCCCUCGUAUGGAGCGAGGCUCGGAGCCCGGGCACAUGCCACUGUUGUCAUAGAUGGCCCUAAUGAUGAAUCCAGCAUACAUUUCUCCCAGGCCUCCUACAACUUCUCGGAGGAUGCCGGCACAGUUUCAGUAGAGCUAGUCCGAGAUGGGAACGACCUCUCCCACACUUCAACGGUCUGGUGUGCCACCCGCCUGGCUAACCCUCCAUCCGCUGCUGCAGGUCAUGACUAUAUACCCAGCACCAGUCAGAUUACAUUUGGGCCAGGCCAGAGAUCUCAGACCUGUCAGCUGACUCUACUAGAUGACACGCUCGACCCGCGCGUGGAAGGAGUGGAAACAUUUUCUGUGUUCCUGAGCUCCGCAGUUAGCUCCAACCUUGUACAACCUUACCAUGCAACUGUCAGCAUUGAUGACACAUGGCAGGAUGUACCAAGUAUGAGUUUUGAGGAAUCCAGCUACAUGGUGGAUGAAAGCUCCGGACACGUCAGCGUCCAGAUUGUCAGGACAGGGGACUCAAGUCUGGAGUCAUCAGUUGUCUGUUACACGCAACAGGAUUUUGCUCUUGUUGGGGUUGAUUAUGUGGACAGAGCUCUUUCUGAGGAGGCUAGAAUUGUGUUCCUGUCUGGAGAAAAGGUGAAAAACUGCACGGUGGAGAUAGUCAAUGAUGACAUAUUUGAGAGCAAUGAAACAUUCCACAUGCAGUUGGCUCAACCUCUGGGUUCUGACCAGUAUCAGGCUUACGUGGGAGAGAUGAACUCCACUACUGUCACCAUCACUAAUACGGAUGAUGUGCCCAAAAUUCAGUUUGAAAGGUCAGCAUACAGCAUCCCUGAACCAAGCGUUAAAGACCAAAUCACCACUGUAAUGCUGCGCGUCAUGAGAUUUGGUGACGUAACAAGGACUGCUAGUGUCAGAUGUAGUACACGAGAUGGUUCUGCAGCGGCAGGGACAGACUUCAACCCAAAGAGUCAGUUCCUUGUCUUUGCAGAAGGUGUCAAGAACCUUAACUUCACAGUGGAUGUCUUGUACAACAGUGACAUCGAGUGGCACGAGACAUUUAGCAUUGUGCUUGGCCCUGACCAGCCUGCAGGGGCAGAGUUAGGGUUGGUCUCCACGGCAACAAUUACCAUCCUUGACAAUGAUGUGUCGGGCAGUAUGGUUCUUCCCGCUCCUCCUGUGGUGGUUUCACUCCUGCAGUAUGACAGUGUAGAGACUGGUAUGAGGGUGGAGCCAACUCCUGGGUACCCCCUCGUCUGUGUUACUCCCUGUGACCCACAUUACCCCACAUACACGACCACCCAGCCAUUGUGUGAGCAAGGAGGUAUGAACCAGUCAGCCAUGUUUUACCGCUGGGAAGUCGCCGUGCCUGACUUGACUGGUGCCCGGCCACCUUUCAUCGAAAUAUCAUACAAUACAGUGUUUACCUCAGUCAACCAUAUCACUCUGGAUAGUAUUUAUUUUCGACCCAGUUUUCAAGUUCGCUGUGUCGUUCAGCCGUUAGACACAAAAGGGAAUCCUGGGAUACCGCUCAAGAGUAAUCCAGUUCUGAUUGGUCGAGACAAUGGAAUUUGCAAGUCGUCAAGAUAUUCUGGUUUACCCUUCAGUUAUGAAGCUCAGUCAUUCCAUGCGACGUUGGACUAUGUUGGAACAGAGGAUAAAUCGCACCCUAACACGAUACAUGUUAAAGUUAAAGUACCCCACCAAGAUGGCAUGCUUCCACUGAUUUCAACGUUUCCCAUAAGUAACCUGAAAUAUGUACUCUCUGAGCCAAUAUACAGACAACAGCACCUGUGUUCAAACAUAAUCAUACCAGAGGAGCGUAGCAUACUUUUACAAUCAGGUUUUCUAGGAAACAGCUCCAUCCAACCAAAACACCUCGCGGCAGGGUAUGACUUUCCGUACCAAUUUGACCCCGAGCUACGAGACGCAAAAACACUAAUGUUCUACAAAUACCUCAACAUGAAGGAAUGCCUUUGGCAGUUUGAAGCAUGGUAUCACAUGACAGACCUUGUUGACCUCUGCGGGGGUCGGGCAAUGUCAGAUUUCCAGGUCAGGGGGCGGGGCCAGACUUACCUGACUGUCAGGGUGCCGCUGUAUGUGUCCUACUUGUACGCUGUUGCUCCCAUAGGUUGGGGCUCUCUUGAACACAUGACGGAGCUGGAGUUCUCGUUCUACUAUGACACGGUGUUAUGGAGGUCGGGUCUCGAGACUCGUGGUCAGCUUGGCGGAAGACUUCAAGUGAUGAGAGUUGUUAUUGGGGAUGACAGAAGACUUGUUGUGGACAUUAAGACACAAGCAAAGUUCAGAGGAGUGUAUGUUCUCAGCCACCCAACUCUGCCUGGCUACACAAGCAGGUUUGUUUCCAAGGAGACGGACAUCAAGUUUGACCUUGACCUAGUUUGGGGUCAGAAUACUUUUGAUGGGCCCCAGCAGUUGUGGAGGGCUACAAGCCAGUUCAGUUUCAAGGAUUACAGCGGAAAGUAUUCAGUGGAGCUAAUCCCAUGCACUGUGUCUGGAACCCAGAGCUAUACCAUACACUCCCCAAUGCCCUGUACAGCACAACAGCCCCUUGAGUUUGAGGUACCAAUAGCCUUCCAGCAGUCCAACAGGCCUGUUCCCCUAGAGUAUACACUUAACACCCACUUCCAGAUCACCAAUAAGGAGCAGGAGUUCUUUGCAAACCCUUUCUCCAGGCAAAAUGUGGCUCAAUCAGGGGAUAAUGAUGUCGCAUUUGCUAAAGGUGACCAACUGUAUGGGCGUGUGUUGUGGAGCCCAGAACAAGACCUCCAGGCUGCCUUCAGUCUUGCCCUUGAGAGAGUCUACAUUUGUGCAGGUCGAGAUGGCCACAUUCCUACCUAUGAUCCAACAGGCACAGUGUAUAACAGCGGCCCACAGUAUGGAUGUAUCCGGCCCGGACCUGACCUCAAAUACAGGUUCCUUGUUCUGGAUCGCAGCGCCCCAAAGUUCACAUCCAAACAGUUUGAGGGUGUGAGGUUUGAUGCCAUGUUUGCCUCUGAAAGUCCACAAUACGCCAGUCUGGUGUCUGUGCCGGGCAUGGAUGGAUUUGUGCUUAGAGUGGACCCACUCUAUAAGGUGAUGUCUGGAUUCCAGUGGUAUCUGCAGGUAAUUUACUCCAUUGGACCAACCGACAGCAUAUUCCGCAGAAAACGGUCUGCUCUUCUCUCAUUGGAUAAAAAUAAGAGGAGUGCUGCAGAUUCUGCAAACAUGAAAUAUGAUUGGUUGGAGAGUAAUACAAGCAAAAAUGGGACAAAUAUAAAAGUGUUGAAUUUAAAUAAUACUCAGGUUCAAGAAGUCAUCGCCAAAACUGACUCAGAGGGUGGAAUAAAUUUAUUGACUAUUUUAUUACCUAUAAUUUGUGCUGUGAUAAUAUUAUUGAUAAUUUCUUGUGUAAUAAUAAUAAUAAUCCGUAAAAAGAGGCGAAAAAGACAUCAACGUCAUGUCCCUGUUCAUAGAAGGAACAAUUUGGAACCGUGUCCGCGUAAUACUGUGAUUUACAAGGGAAAGCCAAAUAAUCCUAUAACUGUUCGAUGUAGUUCGAGUCUUGAACUGAAGCAGUCAGUCGUCUACAAAGGGGAUCAUGGGAAGUCGGCUGUGAGAAUUAAAGACACAAAUAUUCAGAAGGAUAAAAACAUUUCGAAAAACAAUGGAACUGAAGUUUGAUAUAUAUUCAUGAAACAACAUUGUUUCGAAGUUGGUGGAUUAUUUGAGAUUAUUUAUUAAACAUAUCCGGUGUUGUCAAAGUGGUGAUACUGUUCGCUGACAGAUAUUCUCUUAAUUAGGUUGAUAUGUCCAGAAUUGAGAAAGUGACUUGAUUUAAUGACAUUCCAAUGUCUUUUAAGCCUUGUCUUUCAUAUUUUAGACACAUAUUGUAUGAAGAGCUGAUGAAGAUUAUAAGCAUACAUAUACUGCCGUGAAGUACCCUACACUGUAAAAAAAACACUAUACUGUUAUUAUUAUCAUACAGACAUUUUAUAAUAGUGCAUUUGUCCAUUAUUAUUACAAUACUUUUUUGUUCCAAAUGGUCAACAAUAUUUUCUGGCUUAAAUGGAAUGAGUCAUAUCAUUUCAGGUAUAUAAUUGUUAAUUAAGAAAUAUGCAAAUUAAGAAUUACUAAUAGUUCCUUUAAAAAAAAGAAAUGGGAAAAGAUAUAUAUCAUGUUGCUACAGAAUAUUCUUCUUGUUUGAAUUCUGAAUAUUGUUUCUUCCAAAUAGUAUGAACAUGCAUGUAUAUACAUCAUUUUUCGGGCCAGUCACAGCAGAAAUAGGCAUUUUGAAAACUAUUUUCAUCCAAAUUCUUAAUUGAAUAGAUAUAUAUAUUUUUUUAAAUGUGAACACAUAUUUAUAGCCUUGGUGUUGAUGUCGGCGUCCACAGCAUGGUCAACACAUAUUCAUAGCCUCAGUAUUGAUGUCGGCGUCCACAGCAUGGUCAACGCAUAAUCAUAGCCUCGUGUAGCAAGGCCCAUCGUCCGGCCCUCAUACUGAAAAUAACAACACCAGACAAGCCAACCAUCCACAAGUGGCCCACUUGUGGUACUAUUGUACACAAUUUAAAUCAUGAAGCAAGUCCAGUUACUAUCAUUAUAAUAAUACAGAAAUUGUGUAAUUAUGUCUCCCCCAUUCAUGGGGAGACCUAUUGUUUUUGCCCUGUCCUUUUUUGUCCAAACGUCACACUUUGUUUCCACUUAGACCCAGGAACUUCAUACUUGGUAUGCUAGUUGGUCAUGACUAGUAGAUGACCCCUAUUCAAGGUCGCAGAAGAUGUUCACUGCGCAAUAUGAAAUGUUCCCAAUGUGCCUAUUUUCCUGCUGUAUUUUUUUGUUUAAGGUCCAUCGUGUGAAUGUGCAUACUUGAUGGAAAUUGUUGUGAAAGUUCUGAUUUACAGUUGUAGACAAAUGCUUUUUAUCAAAUCAAAUUAUUGUUCAUCUCCUAAAAUAAAAUAGCUCACCAGAAAUUUUAAUUUUUUGCUCAUUCAUACGAGGGACCUUUUGUUUAUAAAUGUGAUUGUAUGCUUUAUCUACAAGAUGUGGGUUGUGCAAAAGCAUAUUGCACAUGAAUGUUUUUAAUGAAUACAUGACUGUAAUUUUGUAUUGAGGGUGCAUUUUUAUGGUUAACAUUUUACAUGUGUAAAUACCAUGUCUCAUUGUUGUUGAUAUUAUCUGACAAACACUGCAGGUACUAAAGACAAAACUGGAUUUUAAGUCAAUGUUAAUAAUAUUGUUUAUUAAUAUUUAUUGAUAUUUUUCAUAAUAAAACAUAAAAACACA